AUGUCCACAAAUUCACGUUCAGUUUCAUUAUCAACUUCAGUUGAUGAUACUCCAUUGGCCAAGUUUUCAGGUUCAAAAUCAGGUUUAAGAUCUGCAUCUAUAAGUUCUAGUUUCUUCCACAGAGACGCUAUCUUUGGUGAUGUCGCAAAUACUUCAACUUCAAGUGAUGACGCUAUCAAUACCUCUGCUACAAUUAGAGCUACUACAACUACAAACCAACAAGAAGAAGAUCCAGUUGAAACAACUUCCACUCCAGUUCUUGCAUCUACUGCAGAAAUUGAUAUAGUUGGCGCUAUUGGAAAUCUUGAUUUAGAUGAUGAUUUCCGUUUACCUGAAGAUCCAUCAAAAUCUUCUACACCAUUUCAACAACAAUCACAAGCACAAGCACAAAAUCAACAACCAUUUUUUGGUCUGUUUUAUUAUCCUCAACAAGGUUCAUUAACUCCACAACCUUCAUUGGCUAUGAAUAAAGCACCAGGAACAUUAGCUUCAAACAUUACCCCAUCGACAAAUACUUGGAAUAGUAAUAUUGUCCCAAGUUCUGCUCCUCCAUUGGCUUAUGGUAAAGAAAAUGAAUUACCUAUGUUUGUUAAACCAUUUGAAUUACCUGAAACCAAAGAAGAUGCCAAGAAUAAACAAAGUAGUGGAUUGAAAUUACCUUUUGGUACCUCUACAUCAGGUAGUGGAACCAAUACUAGUACCACCACUUUAGAUAACAUGUUGGAUGGGAAAUUUUCAAUCCCACCAACUUCAACAUCCCCACCAAAUGAUAAGGAUGGUUCAGAACCCAACAACAUUGUUCAAGACAAGAAUUUAGUCUCUGGAUUUAUUCCUCAAGGUUUCAAUGCUCCAAUUCCAAUGCCACCACCACCAUUACAUGGCCCAAUUCCAGAACAUUUCCACGCUGGUCCACAUCCACACCCACCACAUCUUGGACCAUUCCCACCACCACCAGUUUACCCUCCAUCAGUUCAUACUCCUGAUUUCCAACAAUUUGAUUCGGUUGGUAUGCCCCAAUUAUCCAAUAUGAUGCCAGGACCAGGUCCACUUCAUCCACCACCACCACAUGGUCAUCCUCAUGGACCUCCUCCACCUAAUGGAUCCAAUGUAUGGAAUCCACAAAUUAUGACGCCACCACCUAUGCCAGGCACGAUGAGAAAUAAUUUCAUGGACAAUAGAAUCAUGCCCCAACAUAUGAUGAUGAAUAAUAAUGGAGGAAUGAAUGGUGGUCGUUUUGGAAAUGGUGGAAAUGGGAACAACAAUCGCGGUCAUCAUCACCAUCAUCAUCGUAAUAAUGGAAAUGGAUUCAUGCAUGAUAAUAAUAAUGGUAUGAAUAUUCAUCGUAAGAUGCAUAAUAAUAAUAAUGGAGGACCAGGUGGAAAACCACGUAGAGGAGAUGAUGCUGCCAAAUAUGCCAAUGCCAAAUUGGAAGAUUUUACUGGAGAGAUUUAUAGUCUUUGUAAAGAUCAACAUGGCUGUCGAUUCUUACAACGUCAAUUAGAUUUAAGUCAACAAGAAGGAGCAGGAAAGGAUGACAAUACUGUUGGUGGAAGUAAUGAAAUUGCUGCCACUUUGAUAUUUAAUGAGAUUUAUUUCAAGAUUGUUGAAUUGAUGACUGAUCCAUUUGGGAAUUAUUUAAUUCAGAAAUUAUUUGAAAAUGUUACCAAUGAUCAACGCACUAUAUUAGUCAAGAAUGCUGCUCCUGAAUUCAUUAGAAUUGCUUUAGAUCCUCAUGGAACUCGUGCAUUACAAAAAUUAGUUGAAUGUAUUUCCACCCCUGAGGAAUCGAAAUUGAUUAUUGAUUCAUUAUCACCUCAUAUUGUUUCCUUAUCUCGUGAUUUGAAUGGGAAUCAUGUUGUUCAGAAAUGUUUACAGAAAUUAAAACCGGAAGAAAAUCAAUUUAUUUUCGAUGCUGCUGCUUUGAAUUGUAAUGAAAUUGCCACGCAUAGACAUGGAUGUUGUGUAUUACAAAGAUGUUUAGAUCAUGGUAGUUUACCCCAGAGGAGACAAUUGAGUUUGAAGGUGGCUGAGAAUGCGACAAAUCUUUCCCUUGAUCCGUUUGGGAAUUAUGUUGUUCAAUAUGUCUUAAGUCGUGGUGAUGAACAAAGUAUUCAAAUUAUUUUGAAUCAUAUUAAGAGUAAUAUCAUUAGUUUAUCAUUACAUAAAUUUGGAUCAAAUGUUAUUGAAAAAUCAUUAAGAAUUAAUAAAUUAACUGAUGAAUUGAUUGAUGUCUUAUUGGCAAAUUCGGAAAGAUUUGAUAUUUUAUUAAAUGAUGCAUUUGGGAAUUAUGUCUUGCAAACUAGUUUAGAUGUUGCUAAUCCAAAAGAUUUAUCUAGGUUGUCACAAGCUUUGAUGCCAUUGUUACCAAAUAUUAAGAAUACUCCUCAUGGUAGAAGAAUCAUGAGUAAGAUUCAGACAAUUGCUUGA